CCGCCCGCGCCGCCGCUGUCACUCGCCGCCCGGCUCCGGUGCGGACUCCCCUGCAGCGGCAGGUAACUUUGCUGAGAGAUGGCGGAGCAGCGUCAGGACGUCACCAUGAUGGAGGAUCACGCAGCUGGCCAGGAGAAGCAUAUCCCAUCAGGCUAUCCCCUUCAGAUACCAGUCGAUGAUGGAUCGGAUGAGCCUGUUUCUGAAACAUCUGACGCUAAGAGCACCCCAACUACGGAAGAUGCCACAGCACCUUUAGUGGAGGAAGGAGACCACGAGGAUCAGGGUGGUGUCGAACAGCACGGGGAGAUCCCAGAAGGAACCACAGCUGAAGAGGCAGGCAUAGGAGCCACCCCCAACCUGGAGGACCAUGCUGCAGGAGAUGCCGCUCAAGGUCGUGUUGACAGGAAAGACAAGGAAGGGACUGAAGCUGAGGAAAAGAAACCGAAGAAAUCCUCACCUUCCACUGCCAAACCCCCAGGCGAUAGACCCUCCAUCCCCCCCCAACGACACACCUCCUCUAGCACAACCCCUUCGAAAACACCCUCCAGCCCUGCUUCCAUCUCUAAACGAGUCUCUUCUGUCACAUCCCGACCUGCCAGUACAGGAGUGCAAGAAACAAAAGCCAAGGGCCCGGAGAUGAGAGGUGGCACGAAGACGGCCACGCCGCGGUCUGCAGCUGGGCAGGCUCAGAGGAACUCGACCAAUGCCACGCGCAUCCCAGCAAAGACACCCACGGCCCCCAAGACACCUCCCAGCUCCGGCAGAAAGGAGCAGAAAAAACCACCUCCUGCAGCAGCAAAGUCUGAGAAAGGUGAGCAGCCAAAGUCUGGAGACAGAAGCGGUUACAGCAGUCCCGGCUCCCCCGGGACUCCAGGCAGCCGUUCCCGCACUCCCUCUCUGCCCACCCCACCAGCCAGGGAGCCCAAGAAGGUGGCAGUGGUUCGCACACCACCGAAAUCUCCUGCAUCUGCCAAGAGCCGCAUCCAGCCGUCAGCCGCACCCAUGCCUGAUCUGAAAAAUGUGAAGUCCAAAAUUGGCUCGACUGAAAACCUGAAGCACCAGCCCGGAGGUGGCAAGGUGCAGAUUAUUAAUAAGAAGCUGGACUUUAGCAGCGUUCAAUCCAAGUGUGGCUCAAAGGAUAAUAUCAAACACAUCCCAGGAGGAGGCAGUGUUCAAAUCGUUUACAAGCCAGUUGACCUGAGCCACGUGACAUCCAAAUGUGGUUCCCUGGGCAACAUCCAUCACAAACCAGGCGGUGGCCAGGUGGAGGUGAAAUCUGAGAAACUGGACUUCAAAGAUAAGGUGCAAUCGAAAAUCGGGUCCUUAGAUAACAUCAGCCACGUCCCUGGAGGAGGAAAUAAAAAGAGAGAGAAAGGCAAGGAAGACAAGACCCGUCCCCAGGCUGCUCGGACCCCGAGCCCAGACCCCGCUGGGCUCCAGGCCCUGGUGCUGGAGCCGCCCACCCCCCGGAGAGCCAGCUCCCAGCCUUGCGCUCGGCUGGGGAGGGCACCAAUUGAGACUCAUAAGCUGACUUUCCGUGAGAACGCCAAAGCCAAGACCGACCACGGCGCCGAAAUCGUCUACAAGUCCCCCACCAUCUCCGGAGAUGCCUCCCCACGCCGCCUUAGCAACGUCUCCUCCACCGGCAGCAUCAAUAUGGUGGACUCCCCCCAGCUCGCCACGCUAGCCGACGAAGUGUCCGCUUCGCUGGCCAAGCAGGGCUUGUGAUCGGAGCACGGCGGGCAAAGAUGAGAGAAGACAAGGGAGAAAAAAAGAAAAAAAAGAAAAGAAAAAUAAUAAUCUGGCCUUCUUCCUCUGUUCCUUUUACAGCUGCUUCCCCAUCCCCUAACUGGUUAAUGAUUUAACCUGCUUUUACUGUUCAUUCAGCUCUAGCUCCAGGACUUCAAAAUCAGUGACACUAUGAGGUACAAAACCUCCUCUCCCCCUGCUCCUCGGAGCGCACAGCCCAUGCCCGUCCCCCGCUCCCUCCCUCGUCCCCCUGCGAGGUCCCUCGCUGUCCCAGCCCUGGCAGGGACGUUCACCGCCCCCGGGAAAGCGGGGAGGGGGAUAGAGGGGGCAGCCACAGCACCGAGCACCCCACACCGCCGCGCAGGGCAGCGGGAGGUCCUCACGGGGAGGGGAUGUGACCUUCCCACGCUCGUUACCCUAACGAUGCCUGGGCUGGAGGCAGCACAGGUAGUGGGUGCUGCAGCCAGGGACUGCAGGGAGGUGCCCUCCCUUUCUGCGUUAAAUUUGCCUGCUGAUUUGGAAGAAACCUUUUGUUUUUACCUCCGAAAGCCGAGAUGUGUAUGAAGAUAACUGCCAGGUAUCCCCUAAACCCGCUCUCAGCUCCGGCAGCUGGAGUACUGGCGAGGCCGGGGUAUCCCAUUGCGGAAGGGGCCCCGGAUGGCCGUUCCCCUCUCCGUGGCUGUGCUGGAACCGCUGAGUGGAUGAGUAGAGGCUUUUCCCCAUUCCUUUGGCAGCCCCUCGUGUCGUAGAGUAGAUUUGUCUGUAUAUGCUUGGACCGUGCCAGGGUGAUUGUUUUCAUAAACGAGCAUGUGUUUAAAAAAAAAAUGCUGUAAGUAGUUUUGAGCUGCCCCGCGCCGGCUCCGCUGCAGCCCAGCGAGGCGGGCUCGAGGGGGAAACUUUGCCCAGCUCCGGGUUGCACCCAGACCCGGCACCGAUGGGGCAGCCCGGCACCGCAUGUCUGCCGGGCGCGUGGGUGGACGCAGAGCCGCUGCCCUGCUCCCUGGGGAGGGCCGGGGGCUGCGGGGGGCUGCGUCGGGGCUUCCCGGCUCUGCGCUGCUCCCCUGGGGCUGUGCACCUCCCAGGGCCCCCGGGGAUGUCGUUAUGAGGGGCACUCGCAGCUCCAGGGCUGGGGUGGCCCCUGGAUUUGGGCACAGCCUGUAACAUUUUUGGGUUGUUCUUUUUUUUUUUUUUUUUUCCCUGCAAGGUCAGCUAAGAGAUCGCGGAAGUGGCAGCUCCAUGGCUCUGCUGUUCUCGUGCCGUUGGCAGCGGUAGGAGACAACCGGGAGGACGCGAGGGGAAGGCGCGGGGGCCGUUUUAGCUGGUGCGUGGUGGCAGCUCCCCCGGGUCCCAACCUGCGCUCAGGGGCCAGAGGCUGCUCCCUGGCACUGACCCCCCCCAGGGCGCUCUCCUGCUUUGAGUUUGCAGCAUGUCACCCCUCACGGCGUCUCCUUCACACAGCACUAACCACCCCCAGCAGCACACAGGGGAACAGAGCCGAUUUCUUUCUUUCUUUUGCUGCUUUUGUUCCUGGGGCAACCUAGGGAGCGUGAGGGGGUGGCCCGGGGCUGUGCUGCACCCAUGGCCGUCCCCACGCGCCCCUUCCUUCUACAACCAAAGAGGCUGAGAUGCGAUCAGUGCAGCUCAGUGUGCGUCCUCCCUCCCUGUCUCCCCCCCGAGAGGCACCAGCCGGGCCGUGGGGGUAUUGCUGGCAGUGGGGGUGAGGGCGGAGGGGUGCUCCGUGGGGCCGCAGACCGUGCACCCCGAGGGCCGUGCUGCAGGGAAAGCCAUGCUUUCCCAGCAAGGGGCCAAAAUCCUG